AUGACAAAUAUAUUGGAUAUUGGACAACAGUACUUCCGCGGACUCACCAUAUUCUUACGCUUUGUCUUCAUAGUGGUGAAAGCUUUGAAUCAGAUGCCGUCUCCCGGUGGUCGAUAUGCCUGGUUUCAGUCGGAUGGUAAUAUUUGCAUAAAUUACUUCCGAAAAAAUAUGGCAUUAACUGAUGUUCGAGUAGAGAUAGAAAGACGGAAGGUUUCUUUGUAUUUGACUAUUCCAACCGGUGAUGAGUUGCUCAAAAAAUUCCAGUUGCUUCAUGAAGUUGUGCCAGAGGAGUCAUCAUAUCGUGUCACCGCCACGAAAAUCGAAAUCAAGUUAAAGAAAGCAGACAAAGUUUGCUGGAGUCAUCUGGAAUCUCAAGAUUGUAUUACUGGUCCAGGAAUUCGUAAGUUGAAGUUAGUUAGGGUGCAGUUAUAG